ACGGUGAGACAAAGCCACAACCGUCCAUGGAUCUGCGUCUUCCAAUAAUGCCACCGUACCAUCCGUAGCAAUUGUUCCUGUUUAGCAUCUCUAGUCGACUUGGAAAAGUAUCGUUUAACCGAGCCCACCGUCCGCAAUCUCGAAAUGCGUUUCUCCACCCUCCUCACAGCACUCUCCGCCAGCGCCCUAAGCUCCGCCCGCAUAAUCGGCAUCGCGGCCCCCUCAACCCUCGCACCCUCCCAACCGUACAACCUCACCCUCAUCACCGAGAACUACAUCCAAGCCGUUGCCGACAUCGCCGUCGCAUGGGGUCUCGCACCCAGCCCCGGCUACCCUUUCACUCUGGGCUCCUACUCCUCGUCCGCCUACCUAGGGCCCGAUAAGUCGAACACGCUGACGAAUGUCACUAUUCCGGCGACGGCACCGGAGGCGUUGCAGAAUUGGAUGGGCAAGGAGAUGCUCCUGAGUGCGGGGGUGUAUAGUUUGUAUGGUGUUAGUGGGAGCGUGUCGAUGGCGAACUUUAAUGUUACGGUUAUGGUUGGGGAGGAGACAGGUGCGGAGUUGGUGAGGAGCACGGGGUUUGUUUGGGGGACGGGGCAGUGCUAGGGAUCUGGAGGGUUGGCUGGAGUGGGAUUUGGGAAGGGUCUAGGGACGGGGCCGGAGCUUCGGGAUUGCGAGCUGGAGGUCUGCGCGGGGAGCUUUGCAUAGUUACCGUAUUGAGCUGUUGCAGAACUCGCCGCGUCGACGUUUCCCCGUGUCACUCACGUGUCCGGCGUUGUGGUCAUGGAGAGACACCUUCGACGAGGAAGGUUUUCGGCUGCAAUUAACA